AUGUCCUGGACUAACCAACCAGUCGCAGAACCUGUAGACUGCCCCUGCGCUGCUCAAGUAAUACAACUCUCAGCACUCCUCCCAAGUCCAGCCCCGGGCCCCUUCGACUUUAACCUCCUGACAACCCUCACCAGCCCGCUAGAAGAUCUCUUAAAAUGUAUCGAACAAUGCAAACAACGACACACAGCGACUAGGAACAUCCAAUCAGAGUCAGACGACAGCCUCAUCCCACUCGCCGAGUCGAUCCUGGGAAUUUGCCAUGCCGCUUGUGUAACGUACGACCUGCUUGAUAGACAAGCGAAUAUUUCCACCUCCACAGGGCCGGCAGGUGCCAGUACACAAAACACCGAGAAUAGUGCCUCACUUCCACCGGCGCCAAACACGGACCUAUCUUUCCAGUCCAAUAUAUCUACUUGGAGCUGUAUAAAAACGCCGAUGGCACUGGGUUCUCUCACCCUCCAAGGUGAAGAGGAGUCCCUGCUCGCCAGGCAGAUCGUGUACACGGUGUUGACUAGUCUGAGUGCGUUGCUGCGGGUGGUCUAUAUUCAAGACAAGGCGAGCCAGGAUGAUUUCGUUGGUCCUGAUGGCAUCGGGGAUUCUGGUGGUGGGAGAGGGACGUUGUAUGGUCGUGAAGGGAUGGGAGAUGUUAGUCGGUGUCUAUCGGGGGUUCUGGCGCUGCUGGGAAAGGUUGUACCCGGGUGA